AGACUACGAGCUAGGGCGGUUGCGGAGCACAUGUUGUUUGAAGUUCGAGCAGUACUGAUAAUGAUGUCCCCUUCCUCCCAAGGGUUCUAUUCUGUUGAAGCUACUGCCAGCUUUGAGCUCACUGUGUCGCACUGAUUUCUUCACUCUCAGACGGAAACAAACAGAGCCUUAAGGUCGUACGAGGCAUAGAAACCAAGAUGGGCGAGAAGGCCGCAGAGGUCUCCCCCAUGGAGCCAUCUGUUACUCAUGAGGAGUCUAUUGCAACGCAGUCAAAAUGGAAGCUAGCGCAAUCUACCGAUGGAGAUACGGCCAUGGCCUUAUUCUCUGACCCGGAGGAGCUCCAUGAGACCAUUGAUCCCGAGGAAGAGCGGAAAUUGAUCCGGAAGAUUGAUUUUAUGAUCCUCCCUUACUUGGCUGUUUGCUAUGCGUUCUUCUAUAUUGACAAGACGACGCUCAGUUAUGCUGCGAUAUUCGGUAUCCGCGAUGAUCUCAAACUCCACGGUACCGAAUAUAGCUGGUUGAGUAGUAUUUUCUAUUUUGGGUUUUUAGCCUGGGCCUUUCCUACAAAUUUCAUGUUGCAGAGACUACCAAUCGGCAAAUAUCUGGGCGCGAAUAUCUUUAUGUGGGGCGUCUUCCUUAUGAUUCAGGCUGCAUGCCAUAACUUUACGACCCUCGCCGUCCUUCGCGCUCUCGGAGGCGCUGCAGAAGCGUGCUCAGACCCUGCCUUCAUGCUGAUCACUAGUAUGUGGUACACUCGAAAAGAACAGCCAGUCAGAAUUGGUCUAUGGUACACUGCAAACGGGUUUGGUAUCGCCCUCGGAGGUCUGCUUGGCUACGGUAUCGGUCAUCUCAGAGGUGCACUUCCAUCGUGGAAGUAUGAGUUUCUUGUCAUUGGUGCUCUCUGCUCAGCAUGGGGUAUCGUCAUGUUCAUAUUUCUUCCGGACUCGCCUGUCACCGCACCGCUUCUCAGCAAAAGACAUCGCCGAAUGGCCGUAGAGCGGCUGCGAGAGAAUCAGACCGGUAUCGAAAACAAACAUAUCAAGCCUCACCAGAUUAAAGAAGCAUUCCUGGAUUACAAGCUAUAUCUGUUCUUCAUACUUGGCGUUGUGUGCAACAUUCCCAACGGCGGUAUAUCGAACUUCGGUACCAUCAUUAUUCAGGGAUUUGGAUUCUCUACACUAGUUACGACUCUUAUGCAGGUCCCAUACGGAGUCUUUAUCGCGCUCUCUAUCCUUUGCUGCGUCUACCUCAACAACCGUUUCGAGAACCGCCGCUGCCUCUUCAUUCUUCUAUUUCUUAUGCCAAACAUUGCCGGCGCGUUUGGGUUGCGCUUCGUUCCCCUGGAUCAGAAAGUCGGCCGGUUGAUCUGCUACUAUCUCACCGGUCCCUAUAAUGCUGCGUUUGUAUUGGUUCUCAGUAUGCAGAUUGCCAAUACGGCUGGCCACACCAAAAAAGUUGUGACGAAUGCUGUGCUCUUCCUCGGCUACUGCACGGGUAAUAUCGCGGGACCAUUCUUUUACAAGAGCGAUCAAGCACCGACGUACAGCCUCGGUAUCUGGUCCAUGAUCGUCUCUCACCUCAUCGAAGUCGUUCUCAUCAUCACCCUGGGUUGUCUCCUGCGGUGGGAGAAUAAGAAGCGCGACAGAAUCCAAUCGCAGAUGGAAGGGGGUCUGGAGGGAAGAGACCUCGACGCAACGGCAUUUUUGGAUAUGACUGAUCGCGAAAACUUGAAUUUCCGGUACAUUUACUAAAUCCGACGACAUAUAAAUGUUGUGUUUUCUCGCCAGUAUCAGAGGAUCGAUGAGAUACAUACAAUCAGAGCUGUAUGGAAAAAUUGAAAUAUACAAACUCCAUAUGAUAUAAGCUAUAAGUUCCUUGGCUCUAUACCAUCCAUGCAACUAAGAAAUACAUAUCGUAGAGUCCUUCUACCUUAGGAUCUGGAGUCAAACAACUAGUAACUACUUCUGCUAGAUGGUCCAAUUACUGCUCACUCUGCGACCCUUAGCGCACAACUUCUUGGCUGAUAUAACCAUGCG